UUUCCGACACCUAGCUUCCACAUGGCAGUGCGUGUUCCUGUGCUGUAGAAUCGGUCGGUUGUUUUCUUUGAUCUCGCGAUGGGGAAGACGAAAAACACGAGGUUUAAGACCCCUCCGGAUGGACGGCCGGUAAAAGCUCUGAAACGCGCCGCUGUAGAUGAUGAAGAUGAUGAAGAGUCUCCGCAUGCAGAAUUACUUGAAAAGCUGCAGAGUCCGAGUGCAGAUACACGUGAGUAUGCAUGUGCUAGUAUUUCCCGAGUGGUUCAACAAAGUCAGACAAUCCCGGGCUUCCUGCACAGAGACACAGUGAGGCGGUUAGCGCCGCUUCUUCUGGACAGCAGCCUGGCGGUCAGAGAGACAGCAACCGGAGCGCUCAGGAACCUGAGUGCGUGUGGAGGAACAGAGGUGUGUGAGGACAUGGUGAGGCUGGACGUCCUGACUCCUCUCACCACGCUGCUGAACGAGUGCUGUAUGGGCGUCCAGCUGAGCUCCAGUCCCAUGAAGAAGGAGCAGAAACCGACAGUGGAGGACGUAGCGAAUGAAGCUGUGAAUUUACUCUGGAAUCUCUGUGAGAGCAGCAGUACGGCCGUGGCGGUGUUUAACAGAGCAAAACUUCUGGACGUUUUGUUGUCGUUCAUUGAGAAACAUCCACAAAACAUCCAGCUUGCUCUGUCAGCAGCACACUGUUUACACACUGUGACCGAGGAUAACGCCGAACUGGCAGGAAGAGUGAACGGUGCUGUUUUGUCCUCUUUAGAGAACGUGUUGCUUUCCACACACUCCAGUAUGGAGCACGGCCUUUUACGCACUCUGGCUGCAGGAACCAUAUGGAACCUGAAGAGCUGCCUCUACUCCACCCAUCAGGCCGAGGCGCUCUCUGCCGUGGUCAAGACUCUGGCGCAGUGCCUCGGUCUAGACGCCGGAGCGCUGAUCCCAGAGCUGUGGCAGAGAGAGUGGAGUCGCCUGAACGGAGGCUCAGAUCCCGAGUCGGCUGGAGCAGACGAGCAAGAGGCCGGAGCCGGCGUGCAGGAAGAGGAGGAGAUGAUGGACGAUGGGGAGAUGAAGAUGAACAGAGUGAAGAGGAACGGGAAAAAAAUGGAUAAAGAUUUUGCCGCUUUCCUGCCGAGGGACAAACCGGAGCUGAGGGAAGCCGUAGCACUACUAACAGCACAACAAACCUCACUGGAGAUUAUCGUCAACAUGUGCUGCUCAGAUGAACCCUCUGAUGAUGAGUGGGAGGAGAUGUCGAGCAGUGACGAGAGUGAGAUUUGUGCCGACGGUGUGACAGAAGGGAACUCCAGCCUCUUCUCUCCUCUGUGCCUUUCUGCAGAGUUCCACACAACACUGCUCUACUACAGCAUACCACAGGAGGUCCUGAAGAAAGCCGAGUUUCCCAGCCGCGCCGCUCUGGACGUUUGCGGCAGGAAUUCAGCGUGGAAGUGCCUCGUUAAGAAAAUGCAGCGGGUGCAGUGUCGGGCUCUGACGUGUCUCCAUAACAUGCUGUCUGUGAUGGAUGUGGAGUGUUUGGGUGGAGCUGCAGGACUGCAGGCCGUCGCUCAGCACCUCUCGUCUCUCGUCUUCAGCUCGGCGGAUGUUUUGAAGGACGACGAGUUCUUGGAAGCCGUAACCAGCGCCAUGCGCUCGCUGCUUCAAAUAAUGGCCUCCAAAAAUAUCCCCCAGUGUAUGAGCCCACAGCAGUUGAUGAGUGUGUGUGAAGCAGCACUGCAGUGUGAUGUGGUGAGCGUGAGGGUGAAUGUUCUGGCCAUUCUGGGCAUCACAGGAAGCACGCUGGCUAAAAACAAAGGAUCUGCUGAGACGCUGCAGCUGAUAGGUAACGCACUGCUGAGCGUAGCGUCCAAAGACACGAAUCUGGUGGCGUGCGGGGAAGCUCUGGACGCUCUGUUCGACGUUUUUGCAGACGGCGAAGAGGCAGAACAGGCAGCGCGAAACAUCAACCUACUCGCUGCUCUUAAAUCCCUGCAGCCUGCUUUCGCUGCCAAGAUCCGGAAGGAAGGCCGAGGGACCUACAGCCCGGAUCAGCUGUGUGUCCUGGACAACGUCAAGAUCAACCUGCGCAGGUUCGUCGGCUACCUGGAGUCACUGCGGAAGAAAUAACGAACCGGGAAAGGAAUCGGACACGACGGACUCGACCGAAAUAAAAAAAAAAAAAAUGUGAGGUUUUGGAGUUUAAAGCUCCGGUCAGGGAUCUGUAGGACUGGCAGGCCAGUUUUUUUUGUUGUGUGUGUGUGACUGCAGUUACAGAAAACAACAGCGUGUUUGCUCUAGUUUCUAGAUUUGAGUUGCAGUUAAUUUAAGAAUGAGAAUUUAAAGGAAAAAGUUCUAUGGUGACUUUUUAGUGUAUUAGAUAAUACUCUGAUUGAAAAGAUCUAAGAGCCUGGUCUAUAGCAGUGUAUGUAGAAUGAAUUCUAUACGUAUUUUAAAGAUCAUAUCCGUUCCGUCAGUCACUCGGUUUAUUUCUUUUUACUGUAUUAAUCACGAGAGCGAAAUUUCUUUCCUCGUUUUAAAACGGAACGUCUCGGGGGUCCGCAGAUCCGACUCGUUUUACGGUCUAAUAUGAUGGGGGGGGGGGGGUGUUUUGCUUUAUUUCUGGAGAAUAUGUUAUGUUCUGAUGCGGGUUUGAAUAUUUUCCCGAUUGGGGUCUUGAAGGACAAACCCAAAUAAUCGGCUACAAAAUGCGUCUUUUUUUCUCUCUCUCUCUUUUAUAGUGAGACAGCGUUAAAGGUAAUUUUUUGAGAAAACUUCAGUCGGAAGAUAAAAGCUAAAGCAUGAAAUCCUAUAUGGUUUAAUGAUGUAUGAAAUUAUAUAAAUAUAAAAGUCACGUACUGGGUCAGAUCGUGGCGUUUAACGGUUUUGCGAGAUACGCGCGGGGUCCGGCGUCGCCUUCUUUACUCUGCGUGCGUCGUCGUCGUCGUCGGCCGACGAAACUACAUACACGAGCACAUAUUUUUGUAUUAUUUCACACAUCAUUAAUGUAAUUUAUACUAACAUCACUGCUCAGUUCUCUGUUUCCUUCCUAUAACUAUGAGUUCCACCUACGGCGAACCUACGAACGUACGUCUUUGCGUUUCUAUGGUAACAGCUCACUCGCGGCGAUCGACAACGAUCGUUUAUUUGUAAAUAAAUAGUUCAAUCGGUGGAAGGAGUCUAAUGUCGGUGCUUCAUAAAAAUCCAAAACCGUUUCAACGUGGAGGAAGCGAUUCGGGGCGGUAACACGAGACUUAGCUGAUAUCGUCGCUAUAGAAACGAUCGCUAAAAGAUAACAUAAUAAUAUUACUUCAUUUUUGAACAAAAGAAUAAGAAUUAUCCAUGUUCACAACGUUGGCACUCGUACUGUCGGGAAUAAAUAUACGCAGAUUUAUGCGUACGUAUAUUUACAGAAACUAUCGUUCCUUUUUUUUUUUAACUGCGCAGAAAUAAAGACGCUGAUGUCAGAAUAAACGUUAUGGAAAUCCGUUUAUCUUCGUGCUCUUGUGUAGAAUCGAUUACACAGAUGUAUUUCCGAGGGGAAAUUUUCUUUAUCCAUAUUAAUCGUUUACUCUCCCAAGACGUCGUUUAGGUUUUUGUUUUGCUUUGGAAAUGAAAUGACAUGCAUGAUCAUGUAUCAGAGCUCUGACUGAAAAGGUUUGGUGUGAAUUUUCUGUUUGACAUUUUCUUUUUGUCAUUAAAGCAUGACAUUUUGGAAGUCUGCAUCGUUUCGUACAGCAAACCGUGAUCUGUAUGAUCUCAUGAAUAUCUGAUAUUAUGGAAACACCCACUUUUACAUCUAAUUUGCAUAUUUUUAUUAUCAAGACUUAUUAUUGUUGGGUUUCUGUUUCUCUCUUUAAAAAUUAAAACUACUCCCCAGGCA